AUGCGCAGAGCGAGGGAGUGGCGGCGGGGAGAGCGGGGGCGCAUGCGCAGAGCGAGGGAGUGGCGGAAGCAGGCUCUGGCCGUCGCCGCCCGGCUCUGCGGGCAGCUGGAGCGCUACGGGCGCUGUGCCGCGAGCCCCGGGAGCUGGCACCGGGAUUGUCACCAGCUGUCCCUGCGCGUCACCGAGUGCACCUCCAGCCACCCCCUGGUGCGCCGGAUCCGCCGCGACUGCUCCGACUCCUUCGGGGCCUUCGAGCGCUGCCUGCGGGAGCGGCCGCGCAGCGCGGCCGAGUGCGGGCCCCACGUUGGGCGCUUCCUGCUCUGCGCCCAGGGCGUGGCCCAGGGGGACACGCCCACGGACACGCCCCACGGACACGCCCAUGGACACCCAGAGGGAGACAGCCGGGGACACGCCCAGUGCCACGCCCAGGAACACCCAGAGGGACAUGGCUGGGGACACGCCCAGGGAUAUGGCCGGGGACACGCCCAGGGACACGCCCAGGGAUACGCCCAGAGACACGCCCGGGGACACGCCCAGGGGUGCUCAGAGGGACACGCCCUGGGACACGUCCAGGGACACCUGGAGUGUCACCCAGAGGGCCACGCCCAGUGCCCACGCCCUGGGCCUUGUCUGGGGACACGCCCGGGAACACCCAGAGUGCCACGCCCAUGGACACACCCAGGGCCACACCCAGUGCCAUGCCUGGGGACACGCCCAGGAACACCAGAGUGCCACGCCCAGGGACACACCCACUGUCACGCCCAGGAACGCCCGGAGUGUCACACCCAUGGACACACCCAGUGCCACGCCCAUUGCCACGCCCCACAGCGCGGUGGUGACGUCAUCUGCCAGUGA